CGGUUUCCCUGGCGAUAGCGAAACCGUUAUUCGGAAGCCAUUCGAUAGGCUUUUCGGGUGUGCGUGUGCGUGGUCUGGUGGGCAGUGGGCAGGCUCCUUGAAGAAUGGGUUUGAUUUGCAAGUGUUGCGUUUUUUUCGGUCUUGGAUCGAUUGCGUAUUUUGUGCGGUGGUAUUACAUCGGCCGACUCUACGAAAACAAGCGAAAGUUCCAGAACGGUGAACUAAUCGUGCUGACCGGAGCGAACUCGGGCAUCGGUUGGGCGACACUGCUCGAGCUGGCCGACCGUGGCUGUCAUCUGGCGCUAGGUGUGCGCUGCCCAACAGUCGGCCAAACAAUCCGCGACCGGGUGCUGCAUCAGUGUCCGUGCGCAACGAUUGACACGUUCGUGCUGAAACUCGAAUCCCUUGCCAGUGUGGUAGAAUUCAGUGAAAACGUUCGCAACCUCAACAAACCGCUGUACGCGCUGAUCAAUAACGCGGGCGUGUUUUACGUACCGCCCAGUGUCACCGAGGACAAGCUAGAGUAUCUGUACCAGGUGAACUAUUUGGCGCACUUCCUGCUGACUCUGCGCCUACUGCCCGCCCUCAAGCAGCAUCCGUCCGAUAGUCGCAUCGUGAACGUGGUUUCGCAAGCCCACCGCUCGGUGGCGGAAAUACCGCCGAACGACCGCUUCGGUGGCCCACCGUACCCCGACACAGCGACCAAUCGGUUCCGGGCGUACGCGUACAGCAAGUUUUGCUUGGUGCAGUUCUCCUACCGCUUGUCGCAGCUGCUCGCCGCCAGCAGCACGAACAUCCCCACCGUACACUGCAUCGAUCCGGGCAACGUGGAAACCCCAAUCUAUCGUCACUUCCCACUGCUGGCGAAUCGGGCCCUUUUCUGGCUUCAAAAGCCGCUGCGGAUUUUGCUCAUCAAAACGCCACACGAAGGAGCUCAGGGCAUCCUGUACGCGGUACUGUCGGAAAAGAAGCCACCCUUCUACGUGCGACGGUUCUGGGGCCGCGAGUCGAGCGAUUACGACGAAAUCAAUCCACUGGUGCGCAAGGAAGCGCUCGCCGACACGCUAUGGAAACGGAGCCGGCAACAGUGCAGCCACCAUCUGCUGGAGAUGACGAAACCAUCCGAGCUGAGCCGUUGCCUGGUAACGAUAAGCGAAGUGAGCAAUGUUGAAGCACACGAGUCAUCCUACCUUGGCGGAGGAUCCAUCGAAGAACUUUGGAUCACCAUGGGGACUGCCCUGACACCGGUCGAUUGCUAUGUGGAGCUUCUGCUGCAGCAAAUGUUAACGAACGAGCAAAGCAAAUGUACGAUCAGCAGUGCCAAACGCGGUGACGUCACGUUCACCAUGAAGCUGGUGCGCAUCGAGGGACAAAAAUAUUACUACCAACUCACCGUCCCCGAAACGCUCGCGCUGGCCAAACAGUACAAAGAGAAUGGCGUGAAAAUGUUCUCCAAAUACCCGUUGUUUGCGCACGCCUACUUCAACCAGGCGGCCAAGUGUUUGCUGUCCUGGUCACCGAUCGAUCAGCUCGACCCGGCCAUCGAAGGGGCCGGUACGAUCGAGGAAAUGCAGUCCCUGCUCGAAACGCUGUACCUUAACAUUGCGGCAUGCCUGAUCAAGCAGAACCGCUUCGACGAAGUGCUGCACGUGCUUCGCUACACCGAUCAGCAGGAACAUCCCUCCCCGAAGGCAACAUAUCGGAAGGCGUUGGCACAGUUUAAGGUGAAACGGUUUACCGAAGCGCUCGCCACACUCGAGCGGAUCGAUUACGCCAGCAGCAAGGAGUGUGUCGCGUUGCACGCGCAGAUCAUUCAAACGCGCCAGCAAGAGGACAGCAAAUACAGCUCAAUGUGGUUCCGGACAGCGACCAAGACAGCAUUCAGCAAGAAGUACCUACUGCUCACGAAUGUCGCGAUAUCGGUCAGCCUAUCCGGGGUGGGUGAUAUAAUCGAGCAGCACUAUGAGAUCUACAGUGGCGAGCUGGCGGCGUGGGACCGCCGGCGGACCCGCUUCAUGUCCAUCUCCGGCAUGACGGUCGGUGUGUUCUGCCACGGGUGGUACAACUUCAUGGAUCGCCGGUUCCCCGGCCGCACGAUUGGGCUGGUCCUGAAGAAGGUGCUGAUCGAUCAAACGGUCGCUUCGCCGAUUGUGAUAUUCCUGUUCUUCGCCACGCUGGCAGUGCUGAAGCGCUCCUCGUGGGAGGAAAUGCGCGGCGAGAUACGGGACAAGUUCAUCCGCCUGUACACGGCCGAGUGGGUCGUGUGGCCGCCGGCCCAAAUCGUCAACUUUUACUUCCUGCCGACGAAGUAUCGCGUGCUGUACGAUAACACCAUCUCCCUCGGUUGCGUAAAACUAUUUACUAGCCGCUCGCUUAUCGGGUUGUAUCUCGCACAGCACGAGAAUAAUCGUGUACUGUUAGCAAAUCCUUCGAGUUCGCCAAGCGCCAUCAUGGUUGUGGGAGCGUUUCCGGCCGCCAAGCUUGGCGUGCUGGCCAUGAAACAGAUCUCCAAACCGAUCGCCAAUCUGCUCAAGGAGCGGGCCAAAAACAGUCCCUUCUUUCGGAAGUACGUUUGCAUGCCGCCGGCACAGUUUUACAACUGGAUGGAGGUGAAGACGAAAAUGUGGGCACUCAAUCUCGGCAAACCCACCACCGUGCCCGUCCUGAACGAAGCAAUGGCCAUCGAUCUGGGCGCGAACUUGCUGGGCGAAAUCGUCAUCUUUACCAUCGGUGCCGGUUUACUUCUGCUGGAGUAUCAAAGGCAAGCACGAAAGGAAGCGAUGAAGGAGGAGAUGGCACUGCAGGAAAAGCUAGAGCUGCAGGCCACUAUUAACGAUCUGAACUUCCAAAUCCAACGAUUGGAUACACAGCUGCGUGAAGUGGCGCGAGUCACUGCGGAUCUGGAAUCGAAAUCAUCUUGGAAACCCAAAAUACUGGACGAGCUACCGUUCACGACGAAGAAAAACAAGCACGAGCAGCCCCUGUACAUCCCUGCCACACCCGAACGGAAGGAUGCUUCCAACGCGGCCAGUGGUAAUAGAGGUGUCAUAUCCAAUGCGUUGGAGAUUAUCGAUAAUGAAGUUUUUUAUAGGGACAGCUCAGCAGACGGAGCCGAAGAGGAACACACAGACCAACGCCGGCAAGGCAUAGUCACACGUAGCUUAAAUUACCUUCUCAAAGUCAACACUAGACCCUCGAACGGCAUCGACAGGGAAGGAUAGAGACACGCUUUCGGUGUAAGCCGGUUCAAAGACAUUGGUUCUAGCUAGCGUACCACAGACGCGUAUCUCUUUUAUAUCGCUUAUAACAAUUUAUUUUUAAUUUAUAAUAGUUUAACAAGCAUGACGCAACGUCCCUCGAUCAAGCAGACGUCGUGCAGGUUGUAAACAUCAGGCAUGUAAAACAUGCAAAGCAAGCAAAUGCAUAGAUAUGAUAUAAUGUGAGAUAAAGAAGCAUCAAAAGUCCGCUCGCAAUCAAUUGUUAGAGUUAGAGCAUCGUUAAUUGCAUUUUACCUGUACUUACUCCUGUACCGGCUGUUUGGUUUGCUUAGUUGCAUUGUUCCUUCGGGUCCCGAUUUCCUUUCUCUCUGUGUGAAUGAUUGUAAAUAAGGGAUUUCUAAGCGAUUGGUUACUAUCAUUUGAAUAUCAGAUUUCGUAAAGCACAAUUCAAUUACGGUGUUACAUCAAAGAGAAUCAGCAACCAGUAAGAUAGAUUGCUUUCGUUCCUUGUUCCCUUUCCCUAAGGAAAGCAGGUUAAACAGGGCGAUGAACCAUUCGGCAAAAUUGGCCAUGCCAUUCCUUGCUUACUGGCCGCUGUCGAAUUUCAGUCGAAUGAAGCGGCUGCUCCGGCUGAUGGUGCCAAUGCCGAUCGUUGUGUUCCGCGAGAGUUACAGAAGCCAAACAUGAAGACUCGUCAACGUACAAUGCUGUGAUGGUGUCGUCGUCACACCGUCGUGUAAAUAAUUGAUUGUGAGUGCGGAGUAGCAAAAGCAGCAAAUAAAUGAAGGAAUAAACAACAACGAAAUAUUAA